AUGAGGGCUUUACAAGCACGACCGGAUACACGUGGUCAAACCUCGCGAGAAAUCAAAGCUCUUAAGGACCUGACUGAGGCUAAAUGUUUUUGCACCCCGAAAUUUAGAGCCUGGAAGCAUGAAAAUCAAGACCGCAAUGACUGGGUCCCUGGCGGGUUUCUGGACUACAUUGUGAUGGAGAAACUCGAGGGGAGAACACUCUCACCGGAGUUGAUUGACAGCCUAAGCAAUGAACAACAGCAAAGACUGCGAACAGCUUUCAAAAGAUCAUACAUCGAGUGUCUGAACCAUAACUUUGUGAACCUGGAUCAAGGUGCCCGGAAUCUCAUUUGGAAUGAGGAGAAAGGGAUAUGCUACAUCAUUGACUGGGAAACAUGGUGUCGAGCAACUUCAUCUUAUGAUUGGAAUGACGAUGAAUAUUGUUCGUGGGAUCUGGAACUGAGUUAG